AUGGUGGAGGAGUCCGCCAGCAAAUUCCGGGAGCUCGUCAGCGCCGAGCGGUCUGUCGGGCCCGCCAUUGCGGGCCGGGUGAUCACCAGCGGCCAGGUCUCAUCAUGGACGUCGUUGUGCGAGCUGCUGCGGCACUUCGCGUACAAGCCCGAUGGCCCCGAGCCUACGCUGCCGGACCUGGGGGCGCGCUUCCGCACAGCCUGGCUGCUGUGCUCAACGUCGCAGUCCCCGUCGUGGAGUGCGGAAGAGCGAGCGCAGGCGACGGCUGCGUUGCAAGCGCUCGCAGACGGGGUUCGGCAGUGCAGCGACCUCCUCCCAGAGAUCGUCAAGAUAGAGCAGUUGCUCCGCGCCACGGCACCUACAGCUGAGGAGAUGGUGCUCACGCAGUGGUCCUCCCUGAAGCUGUCCCCCGGUGCAGCUUCAGCGGCGCACCAGGGCACGCUGGGGCCGGAGACGUGUCGCCGCGUGGCAGCUCUGGCCGUCAAAAAGCACGCUCGUGUUUGGACGGAGCUGGGUGGCCGCCCGGCCGUCCUUUGGGCGCCGACGGACGCUUCCGCUCUCGGCAGGCUGCUGAACUCGUACAUGGAUCUCCCAGCCCCGCAGCACAUCCGAUUCGUAGUCCUUCCAGAGCUCUUCCCAGGGAGCCACACGGUCGAGGCGAUCCAAGACCUGUGGUGGCACCCGCUCCUGAGCGAACGCGGAGUUCCCGUGGUGAAGAAAGUGGAGUAUACGCCGUCACUCCCUACGACAUGUUGUUGCCGGGAGUCCGUGAUCCUCGUCAUGACUUGCGCGGUCACGGCGGUGCCAGCCUACACGUUGGACUUUCCAGCGACAGCGCUGCCACAGGUGCUCCGCAUCCUCGAAGACCCCGGCCUCCAGCGGGUGCACGCCAGCGCCCCUCUCCAGAGCAUGCUCUCCGCAGUGACGAAGAGGAGGAUGAGCAUGGAGUGGACGUUCCCCCCCGGGACACCGGAGCUGCAGAUUGCGCUGCGGCGACGGGGAUCCAGCUCGCCGAGGCUGCCGGCGACGCGCCCGGGGGGGGUGCGGCUGCGGGCGCCGGCCGGCGGCGUCGGAGCCCGCUGCGCCGCCGGGGUGGGGCUCGACCAGUUCGCCCUGCAGGUCCGCCGCCGCCUCCGGCUGCGUCUGCGCCGCCGGCAGUGGGCGGGCAGUCGGGGAAUUUUCCCGGAGGCCGCAUGGAACGAGCAGGCGUUGUUCGCUGCGGAUCUGGCCUGCCAGAGGCGCAAGACCCAGUACAUCGGCCGCAUCGCCCGCUCCUGCGAUGCCGCCCUCGCGAAAACUCGCAGCGAGGCUGGGGCCGCGGAAGCGUGGCGAGGCCCAGGAUCGUGGAUCAUGUCUGAAGCCACCAGUACCGCCUAUCGCAUUCAGCUGGCAGCAGCUCGGGCUGGCAUGUCCACGGCUGCCGUCCUUCUGAGCAAGGACCCGCGCGCCGACUCUGUCUUGCGCGACAUUCCGCUGAUCAGGCUGGCGCCGCACGAGUACACCCCGCUCCUGUCGCUGUCCCGGGCAAGGCUGCUGGACAGAGGCACGCUGCUGGGUCGCCUGCUGGAUCCAGUGGCUGCCGGUCCGGCAGUGCCGCGCAGGGCUUUCCAUGCCGCCAGGGCUGUCGGGUCGAGUGGCCAGGGCAUCGGCACGCUGGCCCUGGCCCUCCUGGCCGCGCUGGCAUGGACCGCCUCGGGCUUCGAGGGCCUGGAGGACGCUUGGCAGCGGGGCGUCGAGUCGGGCUUCGUGGACGGCCGGAAGCAGGGGAUGCGAGAAGGGUGGGAGCAGGGGCUGGAGGAGGGCCACAAGCGCGGCCUCGAGGAGGGCCGGCAACGGGGACUGUCGGAGGGCUUCCAGCAGAGCGUGAGCAUCGCCCACAAGGAGUGGUUGGCGCUCGUGGCGAUCACAUUCUCCACGAU